AUCUGCUUGUUUCGAAAAUAAGCGUGUUGUUGUAGUCGGAAUUGGUAACAGUGGAAUGGAUAUUGCCGUCGAAUUAUCUCACGUCGCAUCACAAGUUUAUUUAUGUAUUCGUAGAGGAACACUCCCAUGGAUUUUCCCACGCCUGAUCGGUGGAAAGCCAAUCGACCACUUAACAACUCGGUUUUCUACUUAUUUCCUUCCAAAUUCCCCUUCAUCUUAUAUAAAACUUGUUCGCCAGACC